CCUCGGCAAGGCUUUGCGGUGGGCGGGGUAUAAUAUCGCUGGGCGGGGCAACUGUAGAACAGUGACAGAUGAGAGAGGCCGCAGUGGGAGCUGCUACACCAUGAGAUUUGUGUUGCUGCGUUAGUGACCUACACAAAGAGGGAUGCCGUUGCCCCUGGGCACUCACCAAACUGGACAACUGCACUUACUGAUCCAAGGCACAGUGCUUGGGUAACAAGGAGGGCAGCAUGAGUGGGCAACGCGUGGACGUUAAAGUGGUGAUGCUGGGAAAAGAAUCCGUUGGGAAGACAAGCCUUGUGGAGAGAUAUGUGCACCACCGCUUCCUUCAAGGACCCUACCAGAAUACCAUUGGAGCUGCAUUUGUUGCCAAAACUAUGUAUGUGGAUGGGCGCAGUCUAACAUUGGGAAUAUGGGACACUGCUGGCUCUGAACGUUAUGAAGCCAUGAGUCGCAUCUAUUACCGAGGGGCCAAAGCAGCUAUAGUUUGUUAUGAUCUCACUGACGCCAGCAGUUUUGAUCGAGUCAGAUUCUGGGUGAAUGAGCUGCAGAACUUUGAGGAGCACUGCCGGAUUUACAUUUGUGGUACCAAAAGUGACUUAAUUGAAAAUGAUAAAAGCCUGCGUCAGGUGGACUUCCAUGAUGUUCAGGAUUAUGCCGAAGAGAUAAAAGCUCAAGUCUGUGAGACAUCUAGUAAAACUGGCCAGAGUGUCGAUGAGCUUUUCCAGAAAGUAGCCGAGGACUGUGUGAACUUUAAUUCUAUGCAUGGUCCAACAGAGGCAAAAGGUGUGGAUCUGAAUCAAAAGCGAAAUUCCACGAUGUACUCCUGCUGCCAUCACUAGGUGUCAUGUGCCCAGGCACCCACCUCUAUCUCAGACUGCCUUUUUGUUCUAGAUGAGUUUUUUUUUUUUUCUUCCUUACAGUGACUUUUACGAGGUGAUUGAAAGGAAAACUGUAUUCUUCAUUCCUGGAAAACGAAUCUGUUGCCAAAUAUGUCUACUGCUGUAGUUCCACAUGUCUUGCUCUGUGGCAAACACACACUGAUGUACAGAAUAAAGAACUCUCACUGGAUACAACCAACACGGAUUGUCUGACACUUCUCUAGGGUCCUAUGUAUAUAUAUAUAUAUUAUGUACAGAUUUCCGACCGCUUGUUCUGACAUGCUGUAAAUUCAAUCAAAUUCAUGAAUGUUAAAUACGCCUGACUGGAGGUGAAAUGAUAUAUGGUUAAGUCCUUUACAGACAACUUUAAUGUACUUACCUUCUAUUCAUGGUGCCAUUUAAAGCUCUUUCAAUUUUAUGUGCGACAGUCACCUGCCCCUGUUUUCUCAGUGUGUGACAGGUAUACAACGGAUAUACUUUGUACUGAUCUGGUGCUGGUGCAUUGUGGUACCUGUGCCAGAUAGAGCCACGUAUACAUAUUUUACGUAACGAAUAGUUGAUGAGAUUUUCCAUCAGCUGCAGGACAGACAAGCAAACUAUAUAUUUGUGUAUUUGAGCCUUCUAUUGGCCAUCACAAUAUUAGUAUUUCACAUAUACUUCAGACUUUGCAACUCCUUAUAGAUUAGACAGCCUAUGCCCUACUGACUAAUAUCUUGUAGGAGCACAACCAGAUAUCAAUCAAGCUGGCUUGAAAAUCCCUUUAGGGACUGCCAAUUUUGUACUUUCUACAAAAGGAGAUAUUUCUAUUUCGUGAGGAUUUUGCUCUGUCUUAUAACAAAAAAUUAAUUCAAUUUUAACCAUAUUGGUUAAAGGAUAACACUAUACUGUCACAGUCAUAAUAAACCUGGUGCUUUAAUUCUAAGCACCCCGGCUAUCAAUACUUCCUUCCAGCAAUGGGUCCCUGAGUUUGAUUUGCACCAGGGCACUGUCAGGUUGGAGUUUCUAUGUUCUUCCUGUGCACCAAAAACAUACAGGCAUAUUCAUUGGCUCCUGAUGAAACUAACUAUAGUGUGCAUGGUAGGGGUCUCGGGCUGGAAGCUCCAUUGGGACAGAGGAAAAUGUGAUUGCUAAAGAUCUAUGCUGUAUAACAUGCCAAUACUAUAUAAAUAAAGGAAAAUAAUAGUAAACAUAUAGGCAGGACCCGAGGAGAUUGGCUCUAUUGUGGGCAAAUGUGAUAGGGACCUUAGAUAGUAAGAGCCACUGGUGCAGGGACUAACGUGAAUGAUAUAUAAUCUCUAUAUAAUAUGUCAGCACUGUAUUGAUGAAGGUUUAUAAUAAAAUAGCACCCUGCAUUCUUUGGAUUUUUCAGCUCUUAAAAGACGCAGAGAGCUGGAGUAUGGAAGUGCUGGUUUGCAUUACCUGCCCGGUGGUAAGGUCCUUGCACUUUUUAGCUGCCAUAGAGAAUAUUUUACUUGUCUGGUAUAAACCUUCAUGUAUAUGGUUCCAUUGCCUUUUUCUUUUUUUGGCUACAAUUCCUAACAAUUGGAAAUGUCCAUUUGCAUUGUGUAUUUUGCUUCACUUGUUUUUCUUAAUUUGAAACCUAGUAUGCAUUACAAAUAAAAAAACAUGGGGCAUUGUUUUAUUCUCUUUUUUAGCCUCUGUUGUACCAUUUAUACUGUUUAUUAAAGGGAAAGUAUUCCCAAAUAAUAAUA